AUGCUGGUGCGGGCUGCCCAGCUGUUCCCACGCAUCUUCUCCCUUGCUUGCCUGUACCCGCCUCCAGCAACACAACUGUGGCGUGUGGGUUUCAUCAUGGAACCCCCGAAAAAUACAGUGAAGGACCCUGAUGUUACCGUCACCGAGUCAGUUGCGGUUGAGCACCAGGAGGAGUCCCCUCUGGUUGGCCUCCUGCCUGGAGAGACAGUGGUGAAGGAGGGAAAGGCUGCUAUCUUGUUUCCCAGUGCCAACGAGGUGUUUUACAACCCAGUUCAGGAGUUUAAUAGAGAUUUGACAUGUGCAGUGAUCACAGAGUUCUCCAGAGAAGUGCUGGCUCAGCGUGGCAUAAAGGUUUUGGUUCCUGGUGAGAAGGAGAAAGUGCUGGUCUCAUUGUCAGAUGAGCCCAGCGAGGCUGACUUGCACGAUAGGAAGACCAACAUCGAGGAAGAAGCGGUUUGCACGGCAGUGGCAGGGCAGAUAUGCGAGCAUGGGCUUUCCAUACUGGAAGGUUUGGCGGCAUCUGGUCUGCGCUCUGUGCGUUUUGCACUGGAAGUGCCGGGCCUUCGGCAGGUCACUGCCAACGACUUCUCCCACAAAGCUGCUGCUCUUAUCGCCAGGAACGCAGAGUAUAACAAUGUGGGUGAUCUCCUCCAAGCCAGCUGCAAGGACGCCAGCAUGCUUAUGUAUGAGAUGCGAGGGAAGAAAGAUCGCUACGAUGUCAUUGAUCUUGAUCCUUAUGGCAGCCCCGCUUCAUUCUUGGAUGCCGCAGUGCAGUCUGUUAGUGAGGGAGGCCUAUUGUGCAUCACGUGCACUGACAUGGCAGUGUUAGCAGGUAACAGUGGCGAGACAUGUUACAGCAAAUAUGGCUCAGUUUCCAUCAAAGCAAAGUACUGUCACGAGCUGGCUUUACGCAUCAUCCUGCACAGUUUGGACCAGCGGGCCAACGUGUACCAGCGUUAUAUUCAGCCGCUGCUGUCUGUCAGCGUGGACUUCUACAUUCGAGUGUUUGUUCGUGUCUUCACUGGUCAGGCCACUGUCAAGAACUCAGCCAGUAAACAGGCUCUAGUCUACAACUGCGUUGGCUGUGGGUCGUUCCACUUACAGAGGAUGGGCAGGAGGAACGACAAUGGGAAACAUAUGAAGUACUCUGCAGCAACUGGACCACCAGUGGGACCAUCUUGUGAGCACUGUGGGCAGAGACAUCAGCUUGGUGGUCCAAUAUGGGCAGAACCUCUCCACGACCAGUCAUUCGUCCAGAAGGUUCUGUCAGCCGUUUCUGGCAACCCAUCUCGCUUUGGGACAUCUAAGCGUAUCGAGGGAGUAUUAAGCAUGGUGACUGAGGAACUGGAGGACACACCCCUAUACUACACUGUAGACAGUCUGAGCAGCACUAUACACUGCAAUACGCCACCUCUGCUUCAGUUCAGGUCUGCUCUGCUACAUGCGGGUCACAGAGUUUCCCUUUCACACGCCUGCAAGAACGCCAUCAAGACGGAUGCGCCGCCUGCCACCAUCUGGGACAUCAUGCGAUGUUGGGAGAAGAGCAACCCGGUGAAACGGGAGAAACUCUCGGAAAUGACCCCCGCUUUUAAGAUUCUGUCCACUGAGCCCAGCUUUGAAGCUUGUUUCACUGUGCGAAACGACGCCAACCCUAAGUCCCGGCAGCGCCACCUGACUCGCUUCCAGGAGAAUCCACAGGCCUUCUGGGGACCCAAAGCCCGAGCAAAAGCUGGUGGCGGCAUCUCGGACAACCUGCAGCAGAAACGAAUGAAGAACCAGAACAAGCGCAAGAACCAAAUCACACACACUUCGGAGCUCAAGAGCUUCCCUUGCAAAAAGUUCAAACAGGGCACGUGCGCAGACGGUGACAAAUGCUCAUACUCGCAUGAACCUAAGUGUACAGCCGAGGAGAAAAUGGAAUGA